UGAAAGGAUAUAUUACACCACAAUACAACAAUAUGCCCAAGAUCCGAACAACAAGAACAAAGCGUCCACCUGAAGGUUUUGAUGAAAUCGAACCUACUUUGGAAGAAUUCGCCAAAAAGAUGAAGGAUGUUGAAAAUGAACCACAUGAAGGAAAACGGGUGGUGGAAAGUACGUGGCCAGUAUUUCGAAUUCACCAUCAACGAUCUAGAUAUAUUUAUGAUUUAUAUUACAAACGCAAAGCCAUUUCUCGAGAGCUAUACGACUUUUUAUUGAAGAACAAGUAUGCGGAUGCCAAUCUUAUUGCUAAAUGGAAAAAGCCUGGAUUCGAAAAAUUAUGCUGUUUAAGAUGUAUUCAACCUCGUGAUACCAACUUUGGCACAACCUGUGUAUGUCGAGUACCUAAGGAAAAACUGACAGAAGGAAAAAAAGUGGAAUGUGUACAUUGUGGAUGUCGUGGCUGUGCAAGUGGUGAUUAGUUAAUUGAUAUCUUUAUAUUAGAACGUCAUAUUAUUACUAUUAUUAUUUUUAUGUAUAUAUCUAUUUUUAUAUAUACAUGAUGAUUGUCAAUAUUACAGAAUAAAAACAAAUGUACUUUUUUUUUUU